GUGUCAGGGUUUUCCACUAGUGCUGCAUUUUGAUGUCGGCCAGGCGGUUAAAAGCUGCUGCGAGCACCACCGACCACGGCCUCGUUUACUAUUAUUAAUGUUCAAGAAGCAACAUGUCAACUACUCAGCAGUGGCUACUUGCCGGUUUUGCGCUUCUGUGUAUUUAUGGAGCAGUUGAAUCUAAACGGAAUUUCAAAUGUCCUUCAGGAUGCUCCUGCACCAAGGAGACCAUCAUCUGCGUCGGUACUUUACAGAUCCCACGGACUAUACCGAAUGAGAUCAACUCACUGAGCAUGGUCAAUGGGUCUAUUUCUGAAAUCACAGAGGGAAUGUUUUCACUAAUGCCUUCUCUUCAGCUGUUACUUCUAAAUGCAAAUUCUUUGACAACAAUCAAAGAUGAUGCUUUCUCUGGUCUUCCACACCUAGAAUAUUUAUUUAUUGAAGGGAACAAGAUUGAAACAAUCACCAAAAAUGCCUUUCGUGGUCUACGAGAUUUGACUCAUCUAUCGCUUGCCAAUAACAAGAUGAGGUUUCUGCCAAGAGAUCUGUUUUUUGACUUGGAUUCAUUGCUGGAACUGGAUCUGCGAGGCAACUCUUUCCAGUGUAUUUGUGAGAACAAGUGGCUGAUGACGUGGCUGAAAAACACAAAUGCCACAGUAUCAGAUGUCUUCUGCGCAGGCCCCAGUGACAUGAAGGGCAAGCGUCUCAAUGACCUGCCUAUUCUACCGGGCAAGUGUAUCUCCACAGACUUUGUGCGUCAUCAGUCUAUUCCCAUCCAGUCCAUGUCAGCGGACAUCUUCUCCCUUAAAGAGGACAUCUACGUGGCAAUGGCUGCCCCCAACUCCAACAGCUGUGUGGUCAUGGAGUGGGAUCACGUUGAAAUGAAUUUCAGGAAAUUUGACAAUAUAACAGGGAAGUCUGUUGUUGGAUGCAAGUCUGUUUUGAUCGAGAACCAUGUCUUGAUAAUUGUUACCCAGCUCUUUGGUGGCUCCCAUAUUUAUAAGUUUGACGAUCAACAGAACAAGUUCACAAAAUUUCAAACUAUUGAGGUCUUCAAUAUCUCCAAGCCAAAUGAUAUUGAGGUCUUCCAAAUGGACAGUGAGUGGUACUUUGUGAUCGUGGACAGCUCCAAGGCAGGUAUGUCUACUCUGUACAAGUGGACGGACCAACCCGACCGCAAUGAAACUGGUUUCUACUCCUACCAGUUUCUUCACGAGUGGUUUCGUGAUACAGAUGCUGAGUUUGUCCAGUUGGACGGGAAGUCCUAUCUCAUCUUCACCAGCCGCUCUCAGCCACCUGUCAUCUACCUUUGGAACAAGAGCACCCAGAAGUUCACAUUUCAUGGUGAAAUCCCAAAUGUCGACGACGUGGUGGCAGUCAAAGCUUUCCGGGUGGAGGAUGAGUUGUAUCUGGCCAUGACUUGCUACAUCGGUGACUCCAAAGUCCUCAAGUGGACCAAUAAGCAGUUCACUGAGGUGCAGGCUCUGCCUUCUCGGGGAGCAAUGAUCCUCCAACCUUUCACCUUCACAGACAGGCACUACCUUGCUCUUGGCAGCGAUUAUUCUUUCACACAAAUCUACCUCUGGGAUGCGGAGACCAAAACAUUCCACAAGUUCAAGGACAUUUAUGUGCAGUCGCCUCGUUCUUUUACAGUAGUGACCACUGGCCGGAGGAAUUUCAUCUUCUCCUCCAGCUUCAAGGGCAAAUCGAUGGUUUUUGAGAAUAUUAUUGUAGAUUUAAGCUUAUAAUGCCUUGCAAAAUAAUGACUAAUUGAUCAAUAUUUGCGUGUAUGCUACAAAGGAGUCUAAAAUGCUGUAUAUCUUCCUUAUGCAACUAGAUAUAUCUUUUUUGGUUCAAGACAAACCUCUUUGCAAGUUUCUGCAACACAUAUGCAUUUGUAGCAGUUAUGGAGGCUGACAGAAAUAUAAAAAUGGCAAUCUUUGAAAUCAAAACAGAAAAAAACAAUGUUAUGUCAUACUAGAUAUUAUCUUAAAAGGUGUUAUUUAUGGUAAUUUUGUCCAGCAAGCAAUGGCCGAGCCAAAUGGUGUCCAUUCUGGCCAUGGCUAUAGCCUGGACCCCCCACACAGCCCCACACAGGUGGUAAGAACCCUAUCCAUCAAAGGUUCUAAAAACGUUGAAGGCCAUUAUAUAUGAUUCCUAAUGGGGCACAUGUUAAGUUGGUGCUCAUUUAAAAGUGAGAAGCCUGAAAUAGUUACUAUUUGGCCUGUGUUGCUGCAUCACGAUACACAGACUAAAACACUGAUUUCUGUGCCCCCUCAAAGUAAACACUCGAGGUAUGCUCAAAAAGCUGUUUUGAGCUCUUCCAAACAGCUACACUCAAAGCAGGGUGAAAAACCUACUGUCAUUGAAAGGGGCGAGAUGCAAUUAUCGUUUAAAAAUAGGGAUGAUGGCACACACUUUCACUUUUCAUGGUCUCCUGGAAGGUAUUCAUGGUGUUGCACUCAUGUACAUACCAAAAGAAGUAAUUGUGUUAAAACUGAAAAAGAGAGCUCUAACCCUCUUUCUUUCUCACUUCCUCACACAGUGGGAGGACUGUGCUUGUUGGUUUGUUGGUUUUGGAAAAUUACAGAAAUUGUUGGAUGUAGCUCCAAAAAUUUUGAAGUUGGAAAGGUGUGUGUAUCAAAAGGUACCCUAAUAUGCUUUACAUUCAGUGGGUGAAGUGAUUUGUUUGAGACAACUGGAACAACUUAUCCCAGUAACUAACUGUCAUGGCUAAUGAUUUAAACGUGCAUGAAACAGAGGUUUUCUUAAAAAUAUUUUCCCUCAAAAUACAGCUGAAUGUAUUAGCUAAAUAUUAUAAGCUUAACCCUAACUGCACAGCAUUUAUAACAAGCUACAGUAUUAACAGAGUGCCUGAUUAGUGUCAGAACUAAAUAAUUCACUCCUGAUUCCUAUGCAAAAUGUAUAAUACUGAGUGUUGCUCUGAAUUACAAUCACAAGGUUAAUUGUGUGCUGCUAUAUGACUUCAAAUGACAUGUACAUGGUCUUAAGACACAAAUGUGUGCUCUUUUCUUUACUAAUCUUUUGAUAUUUUUCAUGUAUUGUACAGAUUUAACUACAGUCUGUUUGGCUUGGAAUGUAAAUAUUUUUCACACACAUAACAAUGGCAUGAUGUGCAAAUUGGACCAUGGUCUUAAUAGACUGUCAAACAUAUGAAUUGAAUUCACAAAAUGCUAACAAGAUCUAGCAUAAGCAAUAUGUUUUUUGUUUGCAUUUUAGAUUUCUUGGAUGAAAAUACAUUAUUGCCCUAUACUCAUGUCCUACCUAGCAAUGAUGUAUAUUAUUGUGUAAAUGCAUUAAAAGAACAUAUAACCACAUG